AUGAGGGGUCAGGUUAGCGACGAGACGAUGGCUUACCACCUCAGCCUUCUAAGCCACGCGAACCCGAUGGAUGAUACCGCCGAGGGCUCACUUGCCCCGAUCUUCACCGGCAGCAUGCUUCCUCGGGACCAAAAGUCCGAUGGAAACCCGCAGGUUCACCAGUUCGGUCUCCUGGCGGGCCUCAGCGACAAGCUAUCGGGUCCGGUCACAUCCGUCGCAGACGAUCCGCGCCUGUUUUUCAAUGUCACGGCCCCCUCGAGCACCUUUAUCUGCGGCUCUCAGGGGUCCGGGAAGAGCCAUACUUUAUCCUGUAUCUUGGAAAAUUGCCUCAUAUCGUCCCAGGCGGGGAGGCUGCCGAGCCCACUUGGCGGUGUAGUCUUUCACUAUGAUACGUUCAUCAGUGACAGCUUUGGCUCUCCUUGCGAAGCAGCCUUUUUGUCAUCGCAUCCUGACGUUGAAGUGCGCGUGCUGUGCUCUCCUACCAAUGUGCAUACCAUCCAGGCCUGCUACUCCCGCUUCAACAUCUCUGUGACUCCCUUGCAGAUCGACCAGAGAUAUCUCAACACCAAGCGAAUGAUGGAUUUGAUGGCCGUCGGUCAGGACGAUGGUCCAAUGCCGCUGUACAUGCAUACGGUGCAACGGGUUCUCCGGGAAAUGCGCAUCGUCCAACAACGCACCCAGACCGGCUUCGACUAUCAGGAGUUCAAGCGGAGAAUGCGAUCCUCUAAUCUCACCCCCGCUCAGCUGGAACCCCUCAGUCAACGCCUGGCUACUUUGGAGAGCUUCAUGUCGCAGCCGCAAGGGGGGCUGUCGGGAGGGAAGGAGAAAAGUAUUCCCCGUGGCACCGACUGGAAAUCGAAACCCCGUCGUCUGACAGUCGUGGAUCUCUCUUGCCCGUGCAUUUCCCCCGAAACUGCAUGCUCGCUAUUUAACAUUUGCCUGGGGAUCUUCCUCGAGCAGGACCCAUGCGUGGGGAAAGUCGUGGCAUUAGACGAGGCCCACAAGUAUAUGAAUCGGUCCAUUGAAGCACGCGGGUUUACGGAAACACUGCUGUCAGCCGUCCGACUGCAGCGCCACCUGGGAGUGCGAAUGAUUAUCUCAACGCAGGAGCCCACCAUUUCCACCGCCCUCCUAAAUCUCUGCUCCGUCACCAUUGUACACCGGUUUUCCUCCCCGGAAUGGCUGCGUGCAUUGCAUAAACAUAUCGCUGGUGCGGCCGGGGCCCCCUUCAGUGUGCAGACUGAGUCUGACUCUGCGGUGGCUCCCGCGCAGUCGCUUUUCAACCAGAUCGUCGACCUCCGCGUGGGAGAGGCACUCAUCUUUGCACCGAGUGCCAUUGUCGGGGAAAUACAAGAUGAUGGCCAGCUGAGCCUCCGCCGCUUGGGACAUGGGAGCCUCCGAGUGCAAAUUCGGAACCGGCUGACUACGGAUGGAGGAAGAAGUGUUCUUGCAUAGUGCAAGCUUAGUUCGUAGUUGAUGGCUAGCAGAUAUGCUGGGUGUUAAGGCACAAUCAACCAAUGUAUGUGAUUAUCAGUCCUGUUUUUACUUCAGAAUGCGAUCCUUGAGGCAGGAGAAUCUAUUCAAUUUGGAUGAAAAUUAUGUCAAUGGACUACUGUGAAGUUGAACGAAAUGAUCCACGGUGUAUGAGCCCAUCUCCUUCCUGGAGAUCAUAUGUUUCUGCGGAGCAGUCUUGAAGAGUUCAUGAUCAUCAUUCUAGAUUAACCUGCCUAGCUAGUAAGGAAUUUUCUAUGGAGUCAGUCUAUGUAUAAUUCAUUGCACGCGAGUAAUCAAAAUGUCCGCCUCGAGCCUUCAAG